AUGGCAGAGAACCCGAAUGAAGAAAAAGAAACGGUCCGAGUGACCUCCUGCUGCUGGUUAAGCAAAAGAAAGAUAAGCAACCUAAACAGAAACAAGAAUACAGGAAACGACAGUUCCCCUGGGGGGGUCGAAAUACAGGUGCCCAAUUUUAACAUAUGUUUGACCUCCCUAAGUUUACCAAUUAUAAAAUUAAAAAAUGACUUGGACCGCAUCAGUGAAAAUAAGCAGAUAACACGGUUGAGGGAGAAUAAGGGGGGACAGAAGGGGCACCCGAAUGGCUCUUUUAAUAAGAGGGCAGACGCAGACCGCGAGAUGUGCAAGACGCACGAGGGACGCCUCACGAAUGAUGAUGAAGUAUGCUCCAUGCUACUUCGAAGCAAAGCCUUCAACGAAACUUGGAGAGUUCUUAACAGCUACAUGAAUUGCUUUGUUUACAAUUACGUUAACGAAAUGGUCCAUAAGGAAAUAAAUUUUCUCAACAAGAACUUGUGCCUCCGGGAUGACAAGGUGUCCCUGCUAAUCGUGAAGACGCAGACUUGCCCCUUCGUCAAUCUGCUACAAUACCGGGCGUUGUCGCAGAAGCUGAAGGAGGUGAAUGGGUGCACAGAUGAGGUAGCGGCAGAUGAGCGAAGCGGCAGCGGAAAGGCGGCGCAUGAAGGCGAAAAAGAGGAGCGCGUAGGUGCGGACGAAGCGGAUGCAUCAGCGCAAGACACAACAAGCACGUUCACAUACAACACAUUUGACAACCGAGUGGUGACAUAUACACUGCUACGGAAGAGGAGACACAUCGCGUCCUGCAUCGUCAACGUAUACACACACGACAGCGUGGAAAGCAUACUCAUAAGAAUUAUAAAAAAAAUAAACCGCAAGUGUUUCAUGAAAAUCGACAAAAAUAAUAUGAACGAAUUAUUUCAAAAAAUGGUAAAAAAGAAGAAAAAAAAAGUACUUAUUAUAUUUUUAAAAAAUUAUAUCAAAUUGAAGUCUUCCAUUUUUAGUGGCCUCCUCCUUUAUCUCUUACAUUUGAAGGAAAUUAAUUCAAUAAACAUAAGUGUGAUCAUUACAAAUAAUUGUGUCCUGUCUGCAUUAAGCAACUUGGAUUAUGUAGUAAAAAAAAAUGUGCAUGUAAAUAUAUGUAAUUUGUAUUUAAAUUAUUAUCACAUGAUUGAGAAUAUCAUGUUCCAUCCUUUUUUCAACAACGUCUUAUUUAAAUUGAAAGAAUAUUAUACAAUAAUUGAUUAUCUUUUUUUUUUAAAUCACAAUAUGAGUUUUCUUCAAGUAAAAUAUUUUUUCUACAUGUUCGUAAGAGAUUUUUUCGACAAAAAAAUUUUGUCUUUUCUUAAUCUCCCUCUGAUUUAUUUUUGCAAGCUUGGCAACAGGGGGAAGAACGUACAAGAUCAUUGUCCUGAGGGAGGAGAAAAAUACACCAAACAGUUUAGCACCUUCAAGGGGGAGAUAUGUAACCAUUUGAACCAACUUGAUGUGGGAGACCUUCGCCAGAAGUUUGUGUUGCUUCUACACGCGAGCAAUUUUGAUGAGGCGCACAUACGCCAUUUGAAGUCCAAGGGCAGGCACCAUACGCUCUACCUCAUGAGUGAGGUGUGCGCGGCUGGGGAGAGCAAUCAUACUACGGGAGCUAUGACCACCUGCGAAGACCCGGGCGGGCGGGGGACAAAAUUAUCAAAUGAGCAAAAAAGUCCCCCUCCCAUGGAAAAACGACAAAGCCAAGAAGAACCCACCAAGGGGAAGGGAAAAAACAAAAGACCGCUACUCACGGAGGGGGGAGAUAACCACAUGCAUAACACGCCCCAUCAGACAAGCAAAGAAUUUUCCAAAAAGAGGAAAAUAAAAAAUGGGUUCUUCUACAACUGCAUAAGAUGUCUCAAAUUUGCCAAAAAUGAACGCACAGGGAAAAGCCACCAAGGAGAGGAAAGCGGUGAUGAGAACGAAGGCAGUGUGCAGAAUGGCGUAUCCCCCAUGUGGAACGACCCAAAGGGCAAAAGUGAUUUUCCCCACAGAGGGGUUGGUGAAAACACCUAUCCAGGGGAUCCACAUGAUGAAAAAAAUUACAUGCACGAAAUAAUUCAACUGAUGAACAGGGACUCCAUAAAGAAGACACUCAAAUCGAGUGACCAAUACCGAAGCUAUUACUUUCAAAAUUAUGUUUCGCAUAAUAAAUUGGUGGAAGGUCUGUCUCCCAUGAACAGAAUAAUAAACAAAGAUUUCAUAGAAGAAUGUAACUGCAUAAAAAUGUAUGUCAUAAAUAACCUGACCGAUCAUAUGAAAAUGGAGCACAACUUUGACCACCUUGAAGUGCUAAAAAAGGAAUGGAAAAAUAAUGAGUAUUGGACAAUUCAGCAGUACGAACAUGUGCUAGCGAAAAUGGAAAAAAAAAUUCAGAAUGGUAAGGGGAAUAAAAAAAAAGGCCCCCUGGGGAAAGACGCAAUUAAGACGAAUAGCAAAGGUGCAGAAAAAUGCAACGUGGGAAAAAAGGAAAAUGGACAAGUCAACCCUCAAGUGGCUCUUCUCUACUUACAAAAAUGUCUUGCAAAAUCGAUCAGCAAAAGAAUGAUUACACUUUUGUAUAAAAAAAAAAAAUACAACUUAUGUCUUUCCAUUAUAAAUACAAUUUUAAAAAACAUCCCCUCGUACUCUUCCAUGAGGAAAAGAGUUCAUAUUUUGAAAGAUUUAUUUAAAAAAUACGAGAAGAAAUUUUUUAUUUACAACGUGAAGGAUCUUACAAAGGCAAAUGAAGAAAUUGAAAAAGAAUUUAAACAAAUGGUAAAUACGAUUUGUGACAUUUUAAUAAAUCUGUACAUGGGAAAAAUAAAUGUAUUAAAAAAAGUCCUCACUGACAUUUCAACUUUUUUGCAUAGCGUCAAGUAUAUUAUUAAAUUGGAAAAAUACAUAACUGACAAGCAUUUUUCUGAAUUGAAUUUGGAACUUUUUAUAAAAAAAUUGAACAUUUUAAUUGUCUUUUUUGAUUUCAUUAUCAAUUUGAAGAAAAAAAAAUGUCAAGAUAAAAUUUCUGCGCAAGAGUACCGGAGGGUCAAGUCGAAUGGAGAGAGAGGGGGGGGUUCACUAUUGGAGGAAAACAACUCCUGCUCUCCAAUAACCACUUAUAAUGGGGACAUGAGGAAAAUUGGCACCACCUUGAAGUGUGACGGGGUGUAUGGAAUGGGGGGGAAGGCCGACGAACACAGCAGCAGCACUACUGUAGAAUGUACAAGCCAAAGUGGUGACACACAAAACGUUACCCGUGACCUGGGAGGGAAGGUCAAUUUAGAAGAAAGCUUCUCCCAGGGCGAUAUUGAAAAUGGAAAACUGGCAAAACUACUGAGUACAAUGAGCGACUCAGACAUGGCUCUAACUCUUCUCGAAUUUGUCUUCCUCUUUUUUUGUGAAUUUUUUUACUUCCUCCUGAUGCCAUGUGUAUUUCUCCUCCCCUUGGUAAACACAUGUAUCACACACGACCAUUCCCCGGACGCACAGGAGCUGCUGAACAAAAAUUUACGAAUGAAGCUGCUGCAAGUUCUCUACCAUAACAAAUUAGAAUUAAAAGAUUUGAACGGCCCCAGCUGCAUUGCCUCAUCAGAGUUCAGCCGCCCUUAUAAUGAGGCAAAGAAUUGUGUACUUGAAAAAAGUGCGAGGGGAGGGGAUCCCCCCAAUUUGGGAGACCUCGUAGCCAAGGAAAAAGGGGAAAGAAGCAUCCUCCUCCCCGACGAUGUGUUGAAGAAGGGCAGCCAAAUGGAAGACAUGGUGAUUAUGUUUCACAUUAUUCAAAACUUGAACGCCAGGCACCUGAACAUGUGUAGCAUGUUUAUUCAGUAUGUUCAUGUGAAGCUGAACUUGAGCGGACAAGACGGUGAUCAUAGCCUCCGAAGGGGCGAAAACAAAUGUGACCGCAGUAGUGCCAUGCAAGGCAAUCCCCGUUCGAGCAGAGCACCUCCCCGCGACGCCUCCAACGUCCACUGCGAAUCCUUCCAAGAAUUGUUUUACCAUUUCGUUAUUGCAACCAUGUCCCUUUUUUAUUAUUUGAAAAUCAUUUACAUCCCAUCAGCCUUUGUGAAGGGAAAAGACGAAGCACAGGGGUCUCCAUCAUUCAGUUGCAAGGUGAGGGGAAUCGAUACGGGCGGCCACGACAAUCACAUGAUUAGUGCGAAUGAAAAUGGAGACUCACCAAACGUACGUCGUCAGAAGGGUUCAAGCGUGCUGAGCAGGUGUGGGGGUGGACGCGUCGAUGGUUUGGAGGAGACGGCCAAAGCGACCAGCGAUGAGGACAUGGCCAAAGCCCCCCUGGCACACGUAAACGGGGAAGCCGACCAAGAAUACAAAAAUUAUAUACUGGACAUGUUGGGGAGCAUCCACAUACGGAGGUUGAUAUUUGGGCGGGGGUACACCGCCUGA